AAUACCAUCGAAUACAAAUAAUACUCCUACAAAUUUUAACUAUAUAGAAAAAAAUGAUCAUACUUAUGCUACUAAUAUUUACUCUUUAGCUAAAAAGAAAAAAUUAGAAAUACCUAUUAAUACUCUAGAAGUUGAAGGCUUGGAAGAGCCUGUUAGAGAUAAUAGCCCAAAAACAUCUACCAGUUAUCCAAAUUACCUUGAAGGUAGGUGCUUAGAUGAAUCAGUUCAAGCUAAAAAGAAAACAUCUACCAGCUAUCAUAAUACUCUUGAGUGUGGGUGUGAAAAAUGUAUUAAUACCCUUAAAGCUCUAAAAUUUGAAGAUGGAAGAUAUGUAGGUGAAUCAAAUAGAAAAACCUGCAUCAUGGGGUUAAUAACAUCAAUGAAAAGUAUUCUGGGUAUUGGGAAUGAAUUAUUAUUAGGACCUAUUCCCAAACUCAAAUACGUUUUAGCCUACAAAACCUCCCAAGAUCAUCUUGAACUAUUUUUUAGUUGUUUAUGCAGCAGAGGAGGGUUUAACAAUAAUCCAUCCGCUUAUCAAUUACGAUCUGCCGUUAGAGCCGUCUUGAUAGGAAAAAUGGAAGCAUUAACAACAGGUAAUUGUAUUCCAAUCGAUAAUACUAACCUUAUUUGUGGAGAUUAUCAAAAAAAUGAUAAUGAUGAUGACCAUAUAUAUCCUAUAGAUAUAUCAUUUAUAGAUGUGCCAAAUAUCCCAAAAUUAUCACUCUACCUUGAUAAUGUUGCAACAUAUAUAUCUGGUUAUAUAAUACGUCAACUUAUAUCUGAAAAAAAGGUAAAAUGUUAUAAUUGUAUAUCUGCUAUGAUCGAUAAAACUUGUGAAGACAAUGAGAGCUACAAUUUAAUUAAAAUAAAAAACAAUCAAGGAUUAAUAUUCCCUUCAAAGAGCGUAUCUAAAUUAUGUCAACUAGUAGAAAGUGCAUUUCAUAUUUUUGAAAAGAAUAAUCAAAUAAAAAAGUCAUUUAUAUUUAAAUGCAUAGUAUCAUUUGUUAUUUCUAAAGCAAUGGAAACAAACAUUUUUGAUGAUCUGGUAGAUCAUAUGCUAAACCAGGAGGCUACAUUCAGUCAUUAUCAAAUAUUAAUUACAUUAAUAGUGGAACACUAUAUAAACAUAAGGUUAUAUCAUUAUGCAGAUAAACAUAACAAAAAUUCAAAUAUCAAUAUUCGGCAGAAGUUGACGAAAACCAUUCUAUUCGCAGGACAAUAAAUAUAUUGGCACAUGAUCUUUUUUAAUUUAUAUUAUGACUGUAUAUAUUUAAAUAUGGAUGCUAUAUAUUCAUGAAUUUUGUAAUUUAUCGUACAUUAUAUCUAUUUUCUAUUUAUAAUAAAAUAUGGAUGCUAUAUUAAUGAAUUUCGUAAU